AUGAGUACCAAGGAGUUCAAGGACAUGCCCGAGACGCAUCCGGUGCAGGUGCCUACCAACUCUAGCGGCGACAUUCCCCACGACCAUGCCGAAGAAGAGGUCGUCAAGAGACCAUGGUGGCACAGCUUCAAAGAGCCUGGUUCGGCUCUGCAAAUCAUCAGUGCCGCUCUGCUCGCUAUUGUCAUUGGUGUAAUCAUCGCUACACAGGUCGACAGUAUCCCUCCUGCUGUUCCUGUCAUCCUCGGUAUAAUUGGUAAUAUGUGGCUGAGGGCUCUCAAGGCAGUCGUCCUUCCGCUGAUCGUAUGUUCCAUGUUGCUCGCUGUAACAAGGCUUCGAGAAAUGUCCAACGGGGGUUCAUUGCUCGCUCGAUGGACCGUCGGAUACUAUAUCAUCACCACCCUUGUCUCUAUCUGUCUUUCUUGUAUCAUGCAGGGUCUCCUCUGGUCCAAGCAGUACACCGUGGUAGACGACGAAUCUCUUGCUGUCGAUGAGAAUGAUAAGUCGCUCCCUGACACAACAGAGCGCCCCAUUCACAAAGUGGUCGAGGACAUGUUUUUCUCUCUGAUUCCUUCCAACAUCAUCUCCGCUCUAGCAAACGACGAAUUGCUCGCCGUCAUCAUCACAGCCAUCAUCGUUGGAUACCUGAUCGAGUCUCCUCGUUCGCCCAUCGUUCGUGUUACCGAGGAGAUCGAGCGGAUGAUCACCAAGGUCAUCACCUUCCUAAUCGCGGUGGCUCCAAUUGGUGUCUUUUUCCUGAUCCUGCCCAACUUGAUGAAGCUCGACAUCGCCACGAUUGGCACGAAUCUUGGACUUCUCAUUGGCGGAACUCUGUCCACGAUGCUCAUCCACAUCUUGAUCAUUGUGCCCAUCAUUUUCUUUGCUUUCACCAGAAUGAAUGCCUAUUCGUACUGGAUCAAAAUCUCUCCAGCCUGGAUCACCGCUUGGGGAUCUGCCUCAUCUGCUGCCACCUUGUCGGUCACUCUCAGAUGCGCCAAAGAUCGUGGUAUUCCUUCCACCAUCUACAAGUUUACUUGCCCCCUUGGUUGUCUGAUUAACAUGGACGGUACCGCCAUCUACCUCCCUGCUGCUGUUGUGUUCCUCGCUUCCACUCAAGGCAUCACCCUGAGCAUUGCCGAUUAUGUCAUUGUUGCACUGCUGUCAACUUUGGCCUCAAUUGGUGUAUCUCCUAUUCCAUCAGCCUCGCUUGUCCUGUCAAUCAUGAUCGCCCGCUCUGUCAACGUCGAGCUGACUGGAAUGUAUGCCGUGAUUGUGGCCAUUGAUUGGUUCCUUGACCGCUUCCGUACCGCCGUCAACGUUUCUGGUGAUCUGUUCGCGUCUAUGAUCAUCUACAAGAUGACCAAGAUCGAAGACCCACCUGAGGUUAUCGAGCAGGAGGGACAGGAAGCUGAUAUGAGAGAGAGAGAUGCUUCCAACAAGGUUUAA